AUGUCUGCGCUACACCUGGACCAGUACCCAGGUAGAAGAAAACCUCUGAACAGGGUCUGUUUUUUUCUUCUUUUUACAUUUGACUUAAAAUUGAUCACACUCCAAAAAAACACUAAUGAUAAAAUGUUUUUUAGUCUGGAGUGACAUGAAAACGAAAAACCAGUAAUGUUAACUUUGAUGCAGUGGCAGUAACAACUGUCAAAACUGUAAGGAUAACUAUGCUGAUAAUGAACCCAGCUAAACUUGUCAAGUGCACAGUUUUCAACUGUGCUUUAUUGAUUUGUCCAGCUAAACUUCAAUUCUUUAAUAAUAUUAGGAUCAUGCUAAUGUUAAAAUGCAAAAACCUCAAAAAGUUUACGAGAAGAUCCAGAGGAACUACAAGAAGGACAACGAGAACUUCAAGAACAGCAUGACAACGUUGACAUGGCUUUUGCUGUAAGGUUGGUCAUCUUUCUGAGGGUAGGUGAACAUCUUCUUGUUUGUGGAUGUGAUCAUCUUGAUUUAAAACUCAAAAAAAAAAAAAAGGUUUGAGGGGUGUUUUCCAAAACUUGAUCUCAAAUCCAGAAACAAGGUUCAAAAGGUUGCUUUUCAUGACUUGAUCCAAACCCAGAAAUAGGUUCUCAACGUGCUUUCAAAGACUUGAUUUCAAGCUCUACAAAGAUUUGUAAAAGUUGCUUCCAAAGACUUGAUCUUAAAAACAAAAAACAAGGUUUAAAAGGUUUCUUUCAAAAGCUGGUUCUUGAACAAGCAAAGACGGUAUGUUAAAGGUCUGGUCUCAAAAGGUAUGUCAAAAGCACUUUUAAUUUGACAAAAGCACCUUUUUAGUUUGACAAAAGCACCUAAUCUAACAAGAGCACCAUCAAGCCUAAAAAUAAAUUGCCUCUACUCAGUCAAAAAUGGCAUAAACCAAACAAUCAAAGCUUUUUCUCAGCAGUACUAUCACGGAGAACAAGAAGACCACUCAGAAGAACCAAAGGAGUAGAAGAAGACCGGAUGUGGACCCUGUGUGUCAACGCCGAAACCUCUGAACAGGACUGGGUCUGUUUUUUUUCCUUUUACAUUUGACUUAAAUAUGAUGAUCACACUCCAAAAAAACCCUAAUGAUAAAAUGUUUUUUAGUCUGGAGUGACAUGAAGACGAAAAACCAGUAAUGUUAACUUUGAUGCUGUGGCAGUAACAGCUGUCAAAACUGUAAGGAUAACUAUGCUGAAAAUGAACCCAGCUAAACUUGUCAAGUGCACAGUAUUCAACUGUGCUUUAUUGAUAUGUCCAGUUAAACUCCUAUUCUUUCAUAGUAUUAGGAUCAUGCUAAUGUUAAAACUGCAAAAACCUCACGAAUUAAGACCAACAGAUCCAGAGGAACUACAAGAAGGACAACGAGAACUUCAAGAACACCGUGACAACAUUGACAUGGAUUCUGCUGUAAGGUUGGUCAUCUUUCUGAGGGUAGGUGAUCACCUUAUUUUUAUAUGUGAUCAUCUUGAUUUCAAACUCAGAGGUUUGAGGGGUGUUUUCCAAUCUCAAAUCCAGAAACACGGUUCAAAAGGUGCUUUCAUGACUUGAUUUCAAACCAAAAAACAAGGUUCCAAAGGUGCUUUCAAAGACUUGUUCCCAACCCAGAAACAUGGUUCCAAAGGUGCUUUCAGAGACUUGUUCUUAAAAAAAAAAGGGUUCAAAAGGUGCUUUCAAAGACUUGUUCUCAACCCAGAAACAAGGUUCAGAAGGUGCUUUCCAAGGUAUGAUUUCAAAACAAAAAAAAUAUUCUAAAAAGGUGCUUUUCAAAAACUUGAUCUCGAACCAAAAAAGGCUUAAAAGGUGCUUUAAAAAUCUUUAUAUUUAACCAAAAAAGGCUUGAAAGGUGCUUUCAAAAUCUUGAUCUCCAACCAAAUACAAGGUCCAAAAGGUGCUUUAAAGAACUUGAUCUCAAACCAAAAACAAGGUUCCAAAAAGGUGCUUUAAAAAGACUUGAUUUCAAACCAAAUUCAAGGUUCCAAAGGUGCUUUCAAAGACUUGUUCCCAACCCAGAAACAUGGUUCCAAAGGUGCUUUCAGAGACUUGUUCUAAAAAAAAAGGGUUCAAAAGGUGCUUUCAAAGACUUGUUCUCAACCCAGAAACAAGGUUCAGAAGGUGCUUUCCAAGGUAUGAUUUCAAAACAAAAAAAAUAUUCUAAAAAGGUGCUUUUCAAAAACUUGAUCUCGAACCAAAAAAGGCUUAAAAGGUGCUUUAAAAAUCUUUAUAUUUAACCAAAAAAGGCUUGAAAGGUGCUUUCAAAAUCUUGAUCUCCAACCAAAUACAAGGUCCAAAAGGUGCUUUAAAGAACUUGAUCUCAAACCAAAAACAAGGUUCCAAAAAGGUGCUUUAAAAAGACAUGAUCUCAAACCCAGAAACAUGGUUCCAAAGGUGUUUUCAAAGACUUGUUCUCAAACAAAAAAGGUUCGAAAGGUGCUUUCAAAGACUUGUUCUCAAACAAAAGGGUUUAAAAGAUGCUUUCAAAGACUUGUUCUUAAACUCAGAAACAUGGUUCAGAAGGUGCUUUGCAAGGUAUGAUUUCAAAACAAAAAAAAUAUUCUAAAAAGGUGCUUUUCAAAAACUUGAUCUAAGACCAAAAAAGGCUUGAAAGGUGCUUACAGAAUCUUGAUCUCAAACCAAAUACAAGGUAACAAAAGGUGCUUUCAAAAUCUUGAUCUCAAACCAAAAACAAGGUCCAAAAGGUGCUUUAAAAAACAAGGUUCCAAAAAGGUGCUUUAAAAAGACAUGAUCUCAAACCCAGAAACAUGGUUCAAAAGGUUAUUUCAAAGACUUGUUCUCAAACCCAGAAACAUGGUUCAGAAGGUGCUUUUCAAGGUAUGAUUUCAAACAAAAAAAAAAAAAGGUUCUUAAAAAAGGUGCUUUUCAAAAACUUGAUCUCAAACCAGAAAAAGGUUUGAAAGGUACUUUAAAAAUCCCGAUCUCAAACCAAAUACAAGGUCAAAAAGGUGCUUUAAAAAACUUGAUCUCAAACCAAAAACAAGGUUCCAAAAAGGUGUUUUCAAAGACUUGCUCUCAAACCCAGAAACAUGGUUCAGAAGGUGCUUUUCAAAAACUUGAUCUCAAACCAGAAAAAGGUUUGAAGGUACUUUAAAAAUCUUGAUCUCAAACCAAAAACCAAAAUAGGUUAAAAGGGUGCUUUCAAAAACUUGAUCUCAAACCAAAUUCAAGGUUCUUAAAGGUGCUUUAAAAGACUUGAUCUCAAACCCAGAAACAUGGUUCUAAAGGUGCUUUCAAAGACUUGUUCUCAAAAAAAGGCUUCAAAAAAGGUGCUUUCAAAGACUUUUACUCAAACAAAAAAGGGCUCAAAAGUUGCUUUUCAAGGAUUGAUCGCAAACAGAGGUGCUUUCAAAGAUUUAAUUUUAAAGAAAAAAUUUUUUAAGGUGUUUUCAAAGCCUUAGUCCCGAACCAAAAAAGCUUCAAAAGGUACUUUCAUAUACUUUACCUCAAACCCCCAAAAAGUUUUAAAAGGUGCUUCCAAGGACUUGAUCUUAAACCCAAAAUAUAAGGUUUAAAAGGUGCUUAAAAAAACUGGUUCUUAAAACAAGCAAAGACGGUAUGUUAAAAGUCUGCUCUCAAAAGGUUUGUCAAAGCAGCUUCAGCAAAAUCACUAUCAACUAAAACUAAGUUUCAAAACCACCAACAUCGCAACAACCGUCAAAGUGCUUCCAAAGGAUCCAACGGAAAAAACAACAAGACAGCAACAUUUGCGCAUUGUUUCUAUCAGAUGUAACUGUCAACACUAAACAGAACGAGGACAAUAAACAAACUGUGUAGAUCCUCCAACUGUUUUUGUUAAAACUGUAGUUUUUCUUAUUUUUAUUUAUUCUUUGUAUUUUUGUGAACCUUUGAAUCUCUGAAAUGGAAUCCUUGAACUGUGCUUGUCAUGAUCUGCAUGUGUUGUACUUUUUUUUUUUUUUAAACUGAUUUAUUUUCUGUAUGUUUGGCCAUGUUUCUUUGAGUGCAUAUGUAUGUAUGUCUGUUUUCCUCCGAACAUCAGCAGGUCUGACAAGGUGACCACUCUUCUCCUGGAGGAACUGUUGCUGCAGAAACUCAAAGUGCCGCCUUCCUGUUCCGUCUGGGAAAUCCAAGGGUGGUCAUCUUGUUGAAGGUAAGAUGAACUUUUCAUUGUGGUAACGUUAUGUUUUCACCAAAGUAACCACAAGAAAGCAUGUAAGAAACCAGGUCCUGCAUUCUGAUAACUUCAUCCAUAUUCAGUUUCAAACAGAUUUUCUUAUGCUGCACCUCACCUUCACUGUCUUUAAGUUGAGUAUUUUCUGCAUUUGUAUGUGUGUCUCUCUCCUUUUCCCCAACCAUCACAGAAGUGGGCAUCUUCAGUGUUGAACCUGGCAACCACCAAUGUCUUCAGGAAGGAUCUAGAUCACCUCUAAGAGACGAAGUCAGGCAUCCUUGUGCUGCAGGUAAGAUGUGAUGGGGAACACCACUUAACACACUGUCCUAUUGUCACCCAAAUGUCUGAAUGCUUCAACUCCACAAACAACUUUUCUCUGGUUAUUAAAUCGUUUUCACAAAGGCGCAAUGUGACGUGGGUGUGCCUCAGCUGUUCUACCAAAGUUAAGGCCCACCUAAGCUCGAUCUAUGCCUGUUUUUAUGUUGAUUACAUGUAAGGCUGGGUCAGUGUUUCCAAUGUCGUGACUAUAACCUCUGUUCGAAAACCAGUAGGUGAUGCUACAGCUGUGUAUUUUGUGAGUAUUUUGUUGUUUGCAGGUGACUCAAGGAUGUGGAUGCAGGAGAAUAUUAGCUCUUAAGUGAAGCUGCAGCCUUUUCUGAUGUUUAACUGUACAGAUUUGUGUGUUUCUGUCUGUAACAAUCAUACUCAUUUUCUGUGCCUGUAAAGGCAUAGUUUUAUAUGUUAUUUUUCAGAACAAAUCCUGAUGUCCUCUAGAAAAGAGCCCAGCUGGAGAAGUGUGUCCGACGUCCCAGUCGAACGAUAAAAACAUUUCAGCCAUAAGGUGGGUUAUUUUAUCAAAAAGGUAGGUGAAUGUCUCUAUUGAAACACAACAGCUGAAACAGUUAUAAUACUCUGAUGCAAAGAUGCAACACCACAAGGUUCAACGAUCAAAACACAACAAACCAACCAAAAACAAGGUUUAAUAAGUGUUUUCAGCCACACAACCACAAAUCAACAAGGUUCACAACGAUGCGUUCAAAGACAAUAUGGAAACAGACAGCAAGGCUCAUGAGGUGCUUUCAGGGACGUGAUGGUAACACAAACAAGGUUUAAAUGGUGCUUUCAAUGACACAACAAAAAGGUUUAAAUGGUGCUUUCAGUGACAAAAGGACAAAUCAACAAGGUUUAAAUGGUGCUCACUGGGACACAAUGGUAAUACAAGGUUUAAAUGGUGCUUUCAAUGACAAAAGGGAAAACCACCAACAAGGUACAAAAGGUGGUUUUAACUCAAAAGUUUAACGACAACAGUCAAUAAAUCAAGAAAUGCUAAAAACACUAAAUAAAAACCAAACCAAAAAAGAAAAUUCACAACCAACCAGGGAAUGGUUCAGCAUCACUCAAGGUUAAAAGGGUUUUAUGACUUUAAAAAGGUUUUUUCUGUUUUCAUGAAACUUGGUUGGCAUGAAAAUGUCAAAAAAAUGUCAGUUGCAAGUUUUACCAAAUACUUGCUGAGCCCACCACUAAAACAACAAAAUCCAAAAAGCAAAACAACAACUCUUAAAGAAACAACAAAUCGGCAAAGUUCACUCAGUUCUCCAAAAGGAAACCAACUCAACAAGGACAACCUCAACAUCAACUUCAACUUCAGGCCUCACCAACGUCUCCUCUACAGCUUCAACUUAAAUGAGGGGGACAAUGAACUGUAACCAUAAAAUGUUUUUUUGUUUCUUGUUUGACCCUCCAGUCUCUGUAAAAAUCUGAGAUGUUUGUUUUCUUUGUGUUUUUUUUCUCUUCUUGAUUAGUUUCUUUUGACCCUCCAGUCUCUGUGAAAAUCUGAGAUCUGUACUUGUCAUGGUUUUUUGUGUCCUGUUAUUCUGUACGAGGUUUUUAUGCCUCCCUUUGGCUGCACAUGUAUGUCUCUGCUUUUCGCCUAAACAUGACGGAGAUGUUGAGCCGUGGCGUUGGAUGUGCUGACCACCACCAGGUCCUGGGAGGAUCUGAUGCUGCCCCACUUCGAUGAGCUGCUCCUCCAUCCAGACUGGGAAGUUUUUAAGAGUCACCGUCAAGCUGAAGGUUUCUGAAGUUCUCUUUUAAUGAUUUUGAGAAACUUUUCAAAGUUCUUGUAGUUGUUUUCACCGAGGUCCAAACACUCCAGCUUUUCUGGGGGUUUGUAGACGCCCAAGAGAAAAUUGAAUUUAAAUCUGUCCAAAAUCUAUCUUGUGUUGUUACAGUCUACAUCCAAGAAGACCCUGGCAGACCCCAUCACCUGCUGGACUCUGAGCUCCUGCAUACUGGGUUACAGGUGAGCAUGGAGUACAGAUUCCACCACCUACAAAAAAACCUGGUACAGCAGUUUUAUCUAAUGCAUCCAGAUUUCCUAACCCCUGCCAAUUUUAAUCUCUCCCAAACACCAGUGCUUUGCCCACUUUGAGGGACGGAUCUUCUUCAUUCUGGACCCCAUUUUAACUGAAGUCUGCACCACCACAGAAACCUGCUUCUGGACACCAUCAGACUCUACCAGAUGCCGUGGGCACCAUCCCCGAGAAACCGGUACAUAAAACAGAGAUAAUGAUUCACUUAUAGGUUAAAAACUGUGCCGGUCUAAAGAAUAAAUUUGUCCUUUUGUUUUAGGACUACACCGAGACGUCGAUGACCCCCUCUUGCUCCAGGACCCGGCUGGAGAAUGAAGACAAAGACUUGGUCCCCUGAUUAGAGGUAAGUCAAUCUUUGCGAGUGGUCUUGCUUGUUUCAGUCAAAGUUUUAUGGUGAUAAAUUGAUGUUAACAGUCCACUAACUGGAUCUGAUCCCUGUCUGCCUUCUGUAGUCACCACCCUGCAGGCGGACUUCCUGUCUCACUGUAAGCCCGUAGACCUUCAACCUCGUCCAGAAAACCCUUACUCAGGACAUGGUGAAUGCGCCUUUCUCUUUCAGGCUCUACUUUGGGGAGCACACAUGAGCAGCUUUCUUAAAUCCUUCUAACAGAUGAGUCCGUUAAGAUGAUAAUAGUUGGAUGUUUUUACUCGAUGGGCACAGAUAAACCUCCACAACCCAUGAAGAGUGCAAGCUUUGCUAUGUCACUGUCACUUUAUAGAUCUCCUCCACCUUUUAUAUCGCUGACAUUAUCAGUAUUAUUGACAUUAUAGGAUUAUCACUGAGACCUUUUCUGACUGAUAGAAAACUAAAUGAAAACGAGGCAGAAUAUUCACUCAUGACAGUUUUCUUCAUUUACAGGAGGAUACUCGAGUCUCGACUGAGGACCCAGUGAUGAAGAUGGAUGACCUGUCUGUGACACAAGGGUCAUAGAGGAUAGUUCUGUACUGAUGAAUCUAUUAUAAAUUACUCAUCUGUUUGACCAGAUGAUGUGUUGUUAAACUUGCUAACAUUUGAGUUUCUUUGGUGCAAACCUGUAAGAUCUACAGCUAGUAGAGUCGUCUUACAAUUGUAACCAAGUGGUUUUUGUGUUGUACUGAAUUUGAUUUCUCAUUAUAUUUGUAAAACUAAAUGUUUAAUCUGAGCUUCAUUUAUGGCUUAAACUUUGUUAAAUGGAGGCUGAAACUGUGACAGCAUGUAGAGAGCUUUUUGUCCACUGGGGUAUUUUUUUCCUUCUAUAUUUUUCCCCAGCUGGUUUUUCAUCUCUACCUCCACCAAACUCACUCUGUACACAAAGCUUGUCUUAAAUGUCAUCUUUUUGGAUGCACAUAUUCUAUUUUGCUCAUAUUGCUUUGUCUUUAUUUUGUUCAUUUUUCUGUCAUGCUUUAUUCCUCUCUCUGCUCCAUGUUUUUUUGCAUUUGUAUUACACAUAUAACUAACUUUUCACAUAUUUUGUCUGAGUCAAUAACUGACAGUGAAAUACCGUGAUUGUGUUUGGUAAAACUUGUCAACUUGACUCUGUUUUUAAAUAAAGUUUUGUUUAAAUGGAAUCAAAAACUUUUCUCUGGAUGUCAGUUUUUUAUUUUGAUAAUAUGCACAGUAGGUUAGAAAGUUUUAAAAUCAGACGUGAACACUUUUAAAAUCAGUUCUCUGGCAAAAUUGAGACGAGCCUUAAUGUUCUUUUGUUCAGCAGUGGUUUCCGUCUUGUGACUCUGUCAUGCAGGCUGCUUUUGCCCAGAGUCUCUUAUGGUGGAGUCAUGAACACUGACUCUAACUGAGGAAAGUGAGGUCUGCAGGUCUUUGGAUGUUUUUGUUGUUGUUUUGUGACCUCUUGGAUGAGUAGUUGUUGUGCUCUAGAAAUGGCUUUAUAACCUUUUCCAGACUAAUAGAUUUUAAUUUCUUUCUCUCAUUUGUUCCUGAAUUUCUUUAGAUCUCAGCAUGAUGUCUAGCUUUUGAGGAUCUUUUGAUCUACUUCACUUAAUUUACCAUAUUUUCCUAUAAAAUGUUUAACUACAUUUUACUACUCAUAAAAAAUAUUAACUUAGCCAGCACGUGGUUACAAAAUUCAAAACUUUGUGUCUUGUUUCCCGAAGAAAAACAAACUUUUGACAAAGUUUUUGAUUUUCACAGAGAUUAAACUUUAACUGUGAAACUGACAAAUGUCUAAUGUUUCGGCAGAUUGAGCCGUGUACAUGAACCUUUACUGUUUGGUGUUUGAAAAAAAGCGAAUGCACCCUUGAAUAACUCACUCAGCCAGUCUCACUCAGUCUAGAGGAGCUUCUUAUGUAGGGCAGUAAUGGUCAGGGAGAGAACCAAAGAGAGUUCACAUACAAAUUCAACCAUUACAUUUCAACAAUUACAUUUCUUUUCAAGGGGGUGUUUAUUUAAACAGAAAAAAAGGUGUGUUAAAUCAGAUAAAAUAAGAGGAAGGUUUUCUUGUCCUUGUAAAACAUUAUUAUCUCACAGAUCGGGGCUGUAUGAACCAUGCUAGUAGUCUGUGAUAUGUUCAGAUGUAACCAGAUCCGUUCAUGUUGAUUAAUUAGGUGGCUGCUCAGUAUUCUGUUUAUUGUAUUAGAGCUGCUUUGUGAAACCAGUUUGAUUAUAAAAGUGUUUGUUGUCUCUUUAUGAUUCAUCUCAUUUCAAAGUGGUUGGACCAGUUUGGUCACACCUGCUGUAACCUGCAGCCAUAUACACCAGGGGCUUCUUCCACCCAUGCACUCUGGUUGCUUGAUUGUUCUGCUGAUUUAGUGUUUGAUUGGCCUUUACCACAUUGAGCAACAUAAAAUAAAAAAACGAACUUCCCAUUGUGAAAGAAAAACCAGUAAUGCCUACCUUUCAAAAGGUUUGAUGAACCAAUUGUGAAAAUCAAGGUCAGUGUAGAAAAAACUAUUAAGCUGAAUGUCAAUUCAGACAUUGUCUUUUGCCUGACGUCUGUGUAUUGUUUUUGAGUCUUUUUUUUCAAAUUCGUCAUUAGAUUAUAUAAUCCCUCUUAACAUGCUGCUGAUCUUUCUCAGAGUUGGUGUAAUACUCCCAGAUUGCUACCCUGCUCGGUCAUAGUUGACCAUAAAGCCAAAUCAGAAAAGGUCACACAAUUGGUGAACAAUACUUUCCACAGAAAAUACCUUGGUAAAAGCAAAGCUCUGACUUUGAAAACUUCUAAAAAAAAGUAUGAGUACACAGAAAAGCUGUUGGUUACUGUUUUGCUUCUAACAGUCAAAUGUGAAUAUAAGCUAAUAAAAAUAUUUUUUAACUUACGAGAGCCCCUUUAUCUCCAUCACAAUGUAUCCUCUCCUCUUUGCAUCUUUUUUGUUUUCACGUUCAAAUAAAAUGUGUGUUUUUAUGUAUUAUAGACAGGAACAUAAGAGUCAUGGGUGAUUUGAUGCAACUUUUUAAAUCAAGAAUUAUUUUCUUUUUAAGAUACUCUUCUCAUGAAUCAAAGUCAAUCAUGUGAAGUAAUGCCAAUUUAUACAUUUAGGAGGUGUAUUUGAUAUGAGACUUUCAUGAAGACAACAUAUAAACAAUCCACUCACUAAUGUCAGGAGGUCUUACUUAGGAUUGAAUCGGGGACCUGCUUUUUUAAUCUGUGGAGUAUAUUUCUGUUGGAUCAAGGUUUGACUUUGGAAGUACAUGGUCAGCAGUUAAACCUGUUAGCAAGCACAGUAGAGCAGCAAACUGCAGAUAUUGUAUAAUCUCUGUUUUUUUUAUAGUCUAUUUAGGAGCAGUCUGAAGUCUGCCAGUGUGUGCCCUCUAAGUGGAAGCAGAUUAAAUGCACUCGGGGUUAUGUCAGAAACAACUGGCACACAGUGACCGCAGUGAAUCAAAAGGUCAUGGCUCCAACAUUAAGGGUGGUGCGGGCAUGUUGGCAAAAGAGGAGGACACAGACAAAAAAAAAAAAAAGCUUUUGGAGGAAUACAAUAAAGAGUUUAGUUCAACAAGGCAGAGUAAUAAGGUUUCAAACUUAGUGCCAUAGUUAGAUACAGUGACUGUGAAGAUUUUUAUGAAUGCUAAAUGGAUUUGCAGUCAGAUUUUGUGAGAUCUGCUGAUGACAACUUUAGUUUCUAAUUGGUGUUUAAAGGAGGAGGUCUGAUUGUCUGGAUGUGUGUGUGCUGGUUGAUUGUUGCAAUGUUGGCUGGGUUAUGAUAAAUAGAACAGUGUGGGUGUUUUUUUUUAUUUUUUUAUAUAUGUAUAUUUUAUUUGUUAUAAUUUUUUUUCAUUUUAUAUAAUUUUCGUUUCCAUUCCUUUCCUUUCCUUUGCUUUCAUUCCUUUUCCUUUGAGUAAUUGAUUGAUUCAUAUUUUACUUUAUUUUUCUUCUUCAGUGGACGAUGAACGAGAAUAUGACCAUAGGGUGGCAGUAAUGCAGUUUAGUAAAAUCAACCUGCCGUCAAGACACCACAGAAGAAAAUGUGUGUACAACCAGAAAACAAGCCGUAGAAGAAGAGACCUCGCUCUAAUCCUCAGAGUCCCGCUGCAGGUAGGUGGAUUCAUAAUCUCAAUGAAAAUAUCUACUAAUAUGCGUUUGUUUCGCACAUCUCUGGACCCCGUUUUAUUUAGUGUUGGGGUUUCAUUAGUGAAAACACCACAGUGUGCGUGUUCUGGCUUUGAUCUGAAAUCAGCUGUUUUUAAUGCACCUCCUCUUAUUUUUAACAUGAGUUUCCCCAGUGAACCCCGUAAUGCUCGUUCAUGAUUAAAAUCAUGUUUGUGGUACUUAAUUACUUUACGUUUGAAUCAGUUUGCGCUCUUGGAAUAAUAAAAAAUAUUAAUUUAUUGUAAAAUGUAUAUAUAUUUUUUUAUUAUUUUAGUUUUUAUUAUUCUUAUCCACCAGGUACAUAAAAACACAAUGUUAUUAUGAGGAAAUGCUGACUCAGCAUUGCUGACUCGUUAUUCUGACCUACAUUGUUCCAGGUGAGGUUGAUUGCAGUUUAGUUUAAACCGCAUUGUGACAUUAUGCAUUUAAAGAAAGCUUAUUACUUUUUUUUACCAACAACGUGCUGGUAAAAUGGUGCAUUCAAGUGCUUCUUCAAUUAUUAAAAUUCUGGACUGAGAAGAGGUUUUAUCUGAGUGUCUCACUGUCAGGGGCGUGUCCAGGGUGUUUGUGUAGGGUGGCCCAGCACAGGCAGCGACUCGGGCAGGGAAGGCCAGCAUAUGUGGGCAUACACACAGAUUAAUAGAAUUAAAGGAAUAUUCUGGGGCAAUAUAAAAUUUACACCGUGCCACUGAAUUUGAUACCCCGACGAGAGAUGAAUGUUGCAGACCGCUUGAUUCUCUAGUUAUAACAACUUUAGUAACGACCGCACGAUAGCAAUACACAGAGCCACGCGCUCGACCAAAAAGCCACUCUAUAGCCACAAAUAAUGCUCAGAACAGCACCUAACUUCAUCAACAGUACAUAUAGGGUCCCCAACCACAGCACAGUGUUCAAACUUAUUAAAAAACCUAUAAUAUUUUGUUACUAAUUAACUUAAUCUGUUUCUUGCUUUUUAUUCAGUACAACAGAUGUGCAAAAAAGCCGCUCACAUCAGCUGCUUGUUUGAAUAAAAACUGUUUCCACACCAUGUGUUACACCUUACACGUGCUUCUUUACCUGUCAGGUGAUCGACAUGUUGCCCGUGGUGGUGGUCCAUGGAGGGGCGGGUCAUAUCCCAAAGGAGCGCUCAGAUAUAUCCAUAUCAGGAGUGUGUGCAGCAACCCGAGCUGGAUAUGUUGUCCUAAAGGGAGGGGGCAGCAGCAUGGACGCUGUGGUGGAGGUUGUGACACAGUUGGAGAAUAACCCUGCCUAUAAUGCAGGCAAGAGGAUUUCACUCAUAAAUAGUCACAUUUAUCUUAAAUCACUUUAUAAGUGCAGAGUUGCAUUUUCAUUUUACAUUCCACUGCACUUGUCUUGAGUGUACAAAUUUUAGCCCUGCUAUAAGCUAAAAUAAACAACAUCACUAUGUAAGAAUUGUACUUAUAGCUCAGGAGAUGAAGGGCUGACUUGUUGAACUUUUAGAAACGUGUCACAUCAAAGUCUGUUAUUGCUGCUUUUUUGCAAUAAUUAAUGUAUCUUAUAUAACAUACAAACGCUUCAUAAAUAUCAUUUUUCUACUGAGGUGAGUGUCGAUCAAUUGUUUUGCAUUUCAUCCCUCAGGCCGUGGGUCGGUGCUGAACAUGAAGGGGGAGGUGGAGAUGGAUGCCUUUGUGAUGGAUGGUAAAACUCUGGCGACUGGUGCAGUGUCUGCUGUACGCAAUAUCGCAAACCCCAUCCAGCUAGCAAGACUUGUGAUGGACAAGGUGACUUUCUUUGAAUAUGAUGCACUGAAGGUUUUAUUAAAUCGCGUGUGAAAUAACACAUCGCUGUAGCUACUGAUGUGAUGACACCCCUGCUCCUUGCUACAUUGGUGCCUUACUACACACUGUUGUUGCGAUUACGUGGGCUCUGCAUGCUAGAUCCGGGCGCUGCUAGAUAGAGGGUGCCAGAGUGGAGUCUGAAAUGGACUGCUUGAAUUGGAGUGCUGAAAUCUGGUAUUUGUUUUUUUGCUGAUAUUGGAGUGAUACCCAACAACAAAAUCGACAUCCCUAUUUUUAUUGCUUGCACCCACAACAAAUGUAAAUAUUCAGAUUUGUGAUUAUAUAGCCUUAGCAUGGGAUGUUGAUUCAGCCUGAUGGUUGGGUCAUGGGCCCAAAAUACUUUUUAAACUAGCCAACAGCAGAGCUCACCAGCCAGCAAAAAGCAGCGCACACAUAUGUCAUAUGUUUGACAUGUGUUUAGUAAUAUCUACAGACAAAUGUAGCUGCACAAGUGCACAGACAUUUGUCUGUUAUUCUUGGGUGUUGACUCUGGUCCAACAGGUGUAGCAGCUUUGGCACCAUACCUUUUGAAAUGCAAAUAUGUAGUUAGUAAAGUCAUUAGAUAUGACCUGCAUGUGUUUGCAGUUUUAUUGUGUACCAACCAGGAUUCUUCAUCCAGUGCAGAGCUGUGAUUUAAUACGUGAUCUCUGUUUCAGACAAGUCACGCAUGUCUGACGGCAGAGGGUGCCGCUCAAUUUGCCCGCUCUAUGGGUGUCCCUGAGGUGCCCAUGGAGUCCCUCAUCACGGACUACGCCCGCAUGCGCUGGAGGAAGAACCUGGCUCCUGAUGCCAACCCUGUGGAGUGCCAAAUGUGAGACUUUACACAUUUACCCAGAAAAAUAUUUGAUCAUUUAAAAAUGAUUCAUGAGACACAGUGAUCAGUCCCUUCCUGAGGGAGGACUUUCUGAAUCAUACCGAGCCCAGGAAUCCACAGCAGUGAUGGUUCGAGGAGCCUCUACAGAUGUUUAGACAGGUUUUUGGGUGGUGACUCCAGGUCAUGGUUGGAAUUCAUUGUUGCUGCUGAGACCAGCUGUCGACAGCUGCACCCAUCAUGAAAGAGGAAGCUCUUUUAUUCCAAUAUUUUGAUCUGAUGAUAUAAUAAAGAAAAGAAACCACUUAAUAGUUUAUAAAGUUUUAAAGAAGGAUAUAUUUUUCAACAAAGUGGUCAACCAGCAGCUUCUAUUUUUCAUGCGGUAAAUGAACUCAGGCUUCAAACCAUGUUCAAAAGUGUCCCUCUUUUUUGGUAUGUGCAGGGGGAAGAUGGGCACAGUUGGGGCUGUGGCGGUUGAUAGUGAGGGUGUGGUCGCCUGUGCCACCUCCACUGGAGGAAUUCUGAACAAGAUGGAGGGACGAGUGGGCGACACACCGUGCGUAGGUAAGUCCUCAUAAAUACAACUUUUUAGUCAUGCAUCAAAUUAUUAAAUAGAAUAAAUAGAAAUAACCAACACUGCUCAUGUGUUCUCUGCUGCUGAGUCUGAACAGUCAGACAUGUCAGAUAAUUGUAACGCCUCAGUUAACAUGAGCCACAGCAAUGACUUACAGAGAGCUGUCUUUGUCUUUUCGGAUUUUUUAGCUCUCAAACAGGCUUCAGUGUUUAUGUCAUCAUGUUUUAUAAGCAGUUUUUAAGUACUUGCUCGGGAAAGAUAAAGACUAACUGACAUGAUAGUCUGAGAAAUGCUCGACUGGUCGACCUUUGAUCAGGAGAACAUAGAUGUGUGGUUAUUGAGUAAACAAAAGCUGCAGUGUUGUAGGUUGACAACAUGGUGCAGCUUUUAAUUUUUACUUCAAACAUUGUGUCCAAAGCUCGUUCAGUUAACAGUCUGUAAAUCUGUUGUGUGUCCAGACCAAAAGCUGAGCAAAGAUUCACCUGAGACUACUUUUGCAAGUUUGAGUGUGUUACAGUUUGGGGUGUCCUAGUCAUCAUCCUGGUUUUAACUUUGUCCUAAAAGUUUUUAUUUUUAUUUUUAAAGAGUAUCAGUUUUUAAGAGUAUUGUAUUUCAAUAUUCUGCUUGAAUGGACAGCACUUUGUUCUUAAUUCUGUGUAUGUCAAGUGCAUUAUAAAAAAAGUUUGAUUAAUGGAUAAAUUAUGAUUGUGCAAAACUAACAGGAAUCAUAGGAUGCUUUAAAUGACCUUUGUUAUGUAUAUUGUCAUGAACCUUGAAGUAGCGCUUUUUGUAGCAGCAAAGUUUGAGCCGUUGCUUUAGCGACACACCAUUCCUUUUUUCUCUUGUGAAAUCUGUACACUUAGAGUAGGUGAAUCCUGAGCUCUUAGUUGCAUUAAGUUGUAUGCAUGUGUGAUAGCUGAUGUGAUUGAUCAGGGUGAGGUAGCUCAGAUGAGGAUCGAUGAGGAUUGGGACAUCCUUAGUGAAACUUUGUAGUUAUCCAGAUUGUUGAAAAACAAGUCAGAAAUGCCGAGCUUGUCAGAAAACCAAACUCUGUCUGGAUUCACAACAUCACCAGGAAGUGCACACAGUUCUGCUAUUUUCACAGCCUCAUCCAGGAAGUGUCUGCUUUGACUUUGAAAACAGUCAUCAGAUUCUUUUAGCUGACCAGUUCCUGCUUUGGUGACCUGUAAGCCAAAAUUUUCAAUUCCAGUUUUCAUUUCAGCUGUCUCUGAUGAUUGGCAGUACCACCAAAUCUGUCAAGUCAGUAUUAACGCAGCAGUAAAAUCCCCAAAUAAAAACUUUUUACUCUGAUUUACUUGCAAAAAAAGUUCAAAAGGAUGCUGAGAAAACAGAGUUGGAUUUGAAAACAAUUUGACAUGUUUUUUAGGAGCUUUUUGUAUUUUGUUUUUUUUUUGUAGAUUGUGAUCAAAUCAAGAGAUCUUAAAGGGAUAGUUCAGUGUUUUUAAAGUGAGGUUGUAUUAGGUGCUGUUUCAGGCAGGUUGGUUCCUGUGUCAGUCAACUGUACAGAGAACUGCAUGGUAGCUAGGCCGUGAACCGCUAAAAGUGGGCCAACUGUACCACAUGAUUUAGCCAGUUAAAAGCCUGACCUUAACAGUGUUAUGAAUGUGGACUAAUUUGGGUCAUUAUUCUGCUCUUAAAGGGCCUCUUUGUUUUAUAACUAUUUUCAGAUUUUUGGGGUGCAUAGCAUACAAACAAUAGAGUGGGCAUGAACUGGCUCUAGGGUGGCAGCGCUCACAAAAUACAGCACACACCCUUUCUAUGUAACCAAUGUAUAAAAGUGUGCAAAUGGCUUGGAAGAACCCAUUUAUAGAGCCAGUUGUAAAACGUGAAUCUAGUUGUUAUCAUGGGUUAUAAAAAGUCUGCGUUUCCUGUUGUCUGAACUCGUCGUGAUACUGGUUUAAAGUUAUCACAUCACAGAGACUUGGCAUUAACUGUCCUAUUUUAAUAACCCUAAUGCUGCCUCGGUAGUAUGCCAACAUUCAAAGGGUCUUAUUUAAAAUGAUAAGUGUACAUCUGGUGUGACAGCAGCUGAAUCAUCUCAAAGUCAUUUCAGCUGGAGGUUCAGUAAACAGCACUGAUUGGAAUUUGGCCACUUCAGCCAUCUAAUCUGUCACCAUCAGUCAAUGAGUGAUUUGACUGUCAUAACAUAAGAUAAGAAGACCUUUAUUGAUUCCCAAAGGGGAAUUCAAUUGUCUGGAGUCUCAUGACAUCUACUAUCUAUCGAAGAAUUAAAUAGUCUGAUGGCUGUGGGUACAAAAGAUCUAAAUCUUUCUGAGCUGCAGUAGAGUGAGAGGAACCGUCCUCCACCAUUGGUCCUUUGGUCCAUCAAGGUGAAGUGGGUGAUCCAUGUUCUUUAGAAUAGUCUCCACCUUCUUCAGUUUGCAUUUCUCCACCACAUCCUCAGUUGAACCCAACUUGAUAACAACUACAGAGCUAGCUUGUUUUACCAGUUUGUGCAGACGCCUUACAUGUCUGCAUGUGUACAGGGAGUCAGUAUGCAGUGUAAGACACUUUACUUCAGGAGACUGCACUUAUGGUAUGCUUUCUCAGUCUUCACCAAUAUUUCCAGCUUAUCGCUUUUGUUGGGCGGAGAGUUGACAUUUCCCAUGAUAACUGAUGGAAGAAAGGGUUUAUAUCUCCAUUACUAUUAGCCUGGCUGAGCCAUCCUGUUGCGUGAAUCACUUGCCGUUCCUUCCCAUACUCGCUCCCAACUGGCCGAAGUCCAGACUGUUGUGGGAAGGAACGGCAAGUGAUUCACGCAACAGGAUGGCCCAGCCAGGCUACAUUACUGUAGCCUUCAACUUUGCCUUCAUCUGUGCACCAGCACUGCAACCACGAUAACGCCUCCUGAUGUUCUCUGGGAUUGGAUGUUGUUGUCCAGGUUUGCUCUGUCUCAAUGGAAGAAGCUUUUCUCUUGAGUAAACUCUACUUCCUGCUGAAAUAUCCAUCAGCAGCUGAAAAAAAAACACGACAAAAAUAUGAAAAAAUAGAGCAAAAAUUGCAGAAAAUUCAGAGAGACUAGACUUUGCUGCCACCACUCGGUUUGAGCUCAGAUCCAUGAGUCAGACACAGCCUCGGACAUCUGACCAGACCAGAGCAAAACAGAUGAUAAAAUGUUUGAGCUUUAAGGUCGAUCAUUUAGUACUGACCAACUCAGGGAAUAAAACACAAAAAAUGUGUGUAAAAAUAACACUUAUCUUUUACACUUAAAGGUUCACACAUGCAUUUUUCUCGCUGUAUGGCCACACCCACCUGAAAGAACCAUGUGAAAACAUUCAUUGGAAUCUGCUCACGCCAUGCAGUGCUUGUCAUGUGACCUUUGCAAAAACAUAAGCAGAAGAAGUGAGGUUGCCGCAAAACUGUGCAGCUUAUAAAAUACCUCACCUCAGGUUUUCCACAGUAAUACAUUUCACUGUUAAAACAUGACACAUGUUUAACGAGUGUCUUCUGAUUAAAAGGCUCAUCCUGCUGACUGACGAUCAAGUGUAUGAUUUGCUGUAAAUAUUUAAACUGACACUUGCGUCCUCACACAGGCAUCAAACAAUGAGAAUAUUUAAGUUGUCAUUCUCGUCAGUUUAGGUUUUGUUUCCUUCAUUAAAGGGCAUCAUUAUGAAUAUCAGUCUACUUUUUAUGUAUCAAAAAACUCCUCACAUGAGCUUUAAAUAAGUACAAUUAAAACAAUGUGUGUGGUUUGUGUUUUUAUAUCAGGAUGUGGAGGUUAUGCUGACAACAACUCAGGAGCGGUGUCGACCACAGGCCAUGGGGAGGCCAUCAUGAAGGUUGUUCUUGCCCGACUCAUCCUGUUCCACAUGGAACAAGGUAACACACAAACACACACACUGGCACAUUUGUAAAAUAUGCACACAUGAGAUGCAUGCAGGAGUAGAUUUGCGCUUUGUUAUCUGCGUCCUCUCUUCUGCUCUCAGGUCAGUCAGCAGAGGCAGCGAGUGACUCAGCUCUGGCCUUCAUGAAGUCCAGGGUCGGGGGUCUUGGCGGGGUGGUGACAGUGGACCCUCAGGGUAACUGGGCUGCUCGCUUCUCCAGCAGGCAGAUGGCGUGGGCUGCAGCUCAGAAAGAUAUCCUUCACUAUGGGCUGUACACUGGAGAAGACUUCACACAGAGCAUCGAUGAGCCACACUGA